AUGGACCGCACUCCCGACCCGCCUUAUGGACCGCACUCCCGACCCGCCUUAUGGACCGCACUCCCGACCCGCCUUAUGGACCGCACUCCCGACCCGCCUUAUGGACCGCACUCCCGACCCGCCUUAUGGACCGCACUCCCGACCCGCCUUAUGGACCGCACUCCCGACCCGCCUUAUGGACCGCACUCCCGACCCGCCUUAUGGACCGCACUCCCGACCCGCCUUAUGGACCGCACUCCCGACCUGCCUGGGAGUCCUGCGCCACACCAGUCCUCGGUCUACAACCGCUUCAUGGCCUGUACUCGUUCUGUAGCUUAG